UUGCCGAGCGUUUAGCCAUGUUUAUAUCAUGUCAAAAAUCCUCUUCUCCUCUUCUUUCCACUCCUCGCUCGAUCCGCAGCUAAGUGAUCCAGUGUUUAUGAAAUCUCCGUUUGCGCACCCCUGAAAAAAUCGAAAUGUGAAGGGAGCGGAAAAUGUGCGCGUUCAAGGUUGCCGCUGUUCAAAUAACGAAUAAACACGUGUGAAAAUGGCGGAACUUUAUUUUAUUAUCAGUGUUUUUUUAGUUAAUGCACCGCAACGGUUUGUGACAGGGGAAGUCAGCAACGACAGUGAAGUGUGCGGGAACGGGAAAUUCCUGUGCGAAAACUCCACCGAGUGUCUUCUGAUAAAUAAAUACUGCGACGGAAACAGAGAUUGUCCUGAUGGUAGCGAUGAAGACGAAGUCAAGUGCAGGGACAAAGAAGACGACAAAUUUUGGGACCACAUGUUCCAAAAAAGACCCUGGGCUGAAAACGACCACCACCCAAAAAUAUGCAACUUUUCAUACAACGGCAGCUGCAUGUGCAGAAAACGCGACUUAUUUUGUGGCCAACAGGGACUAAAAAUAAUACCCGAAGACCUACCAGACGAAGAUAUAGACUUAUUAGACCUUGAGGUGAACGAGUUCGGCUACCUUAGCCGCGACCUCCUCAAGCCGGUCCCCCCCAACGUCGCCAAAAUCAACUUCGCUCACUGCCAGAUCUCCCAGCUCGAACCACACACCUUCUUCGACGUCAGCCGCAUCCAAAAAAUACACUUGGACAACAACGACCUGAGAACGCUCCCCUCGGAGCUCUUCCCGCAGCACAACGACUUAAAAACUUUAUCCGUAAGGCACAAUCGCAUCUCGGGUAUCCAUCCGGACGCUUUUAGAGAAUUGGUUAAGCUCGAAGAACUGGACUUGAGAGGGAAUCGGCUCGCGGAGAUUAGGAGGGAGGUUUUCGCCCCGCUGAAAAGCCUCCAAUUUUUACAUUUACAGAAUAACGGAAUUCGUUACGUCACUGUCAACACCUUCCCUCCCUUACCUCUGGAAUCGUUGUCAUUGACGAACAACAAGAUCGAUUCGUUGGAAAGAGGGACUUUCUCGAUGAUGCCAUCCCUCAAACAUUUAUACCUGUCAAGCAACAAGCUGGUCCACCUCAAAGACGGGAUUUUCCUCAAUCUGACGCUCCUCCGGAUCCUGACGUUGAAUGAGAACCUUAUUGAGACGAUCGAAGUGGCCGUUUUCACCGACGUUCCACGGUUAAUUUCAUUGACGUUCGAGCAUAACCAAUUUGAUGAGCUAGACAGUGGGGUGCUGAAGCCGCUGCAGAAGCUGGAGCAUAUAUACUUCGAUCGCUUCGAGCUCUGCAUCAACGCCCUGCACGUUAAGGAUUGCUACCCGAAAGGAGACGGAAUAUCCAGUCAGGAACACCUGUUGGACAAUCCCGUCCUCAGAGCCAGCGUCUGGAUAAUGGCAGCCAUAGGGUGCACAGGAAACAUGAUCGUUUUGUUGGGACGCCUACUAGCUCCCAAUAACAAUGUGGUACAUUCCCUGUAUUUGCGAAAUUUGGCCAUGUCCGACCUCCUCAUGGGGGUGUACUUGUUUGCGAUCGCCGUGGCUGAUCAACAUUAUCGAGGGGUUUAUCUGCUGUAUGACGGAGCCUGGAGGAAGAGCUUCAUGUGUAAUUUAUGCGGUUUCCUCUGCACCCUGUCGUGCGAAUCGUCCGUCCUCAUCCUCACCCUCGUAACAUGGGACCGCUUCGUUUCCGUGACGCAACCCUUGGCCAGAAAACAACCCUCUCCGAGAACGGCCGCCCUAACUCUUGUCGUUUUGUGGACAUUAGCGGUCGCUGUGGCUUUGGCGCCCUUCUCCAAGGGCUAUUUCGGCAACCAGUUCUACGGAAGUAAUGGGGUGUGUUUACCCCUGCAUAUACACCACCCUUACGACAAGGGUUGGCAAUACUCCGCUGUUAUGUUCAUGGUAGUGAACGCGUUAGCUCUGAUUUUCAUUUGUUACGCCUAUUUGCGCAUGAUACACGAAAUCAGAGCAAGCGGAGUCGCCUGUCGAUCAACCAGACAAAGCCAAGAGAGAGAUAAAGUUGCUCAAAGAUUCGGAAUAAUCGUACUGACUGACUGUAUGUGUUGGGUGCCGAUCAUUGUCGUCAAGUUGGUAGCGCUGGCAGGGUGUUCCGUCCCGAAAGACCUCUACGCUUGGCUGGCCAUCUUCAUUCUCCCGAUCAACUCGGCCCUGAACCCGGUCCUGUACACCCUCACGACCACCGUCUUCAAAAAGCAGGUGAGAAAAAUCAUCAACUCCUGCAUCCACAAAAACCGCCGGCCGGACCCGCAGCACUCGGCUUCCGACUCGGGCUUCAGUUUGAGCUUCGGGGUUUUCCCGAAAGGUGGCAGCACUCGAAGGAUACUGACGUACAGGGUAGGACUCAGGAAAUCUGGAAACGAGGAUAGGAAAAGUGAUAUUUUGUUACAGGGGACGCAGAGCAGCCUCACCACGAGCAAAAACAGCUGGAAGAGGCCCCCCACGGCCGUCUGAUAAUCGUAAAAACGUAUUUUUCCGUUUGAUCUUUGUUAUUUCGUUAACCUGAGGUUAGGUGAAAACGGCACCGUCUGUACAUUUUUCACUUAGGUGUCACAAAAAUGGGGAAAUACGUUUGAAAACAUGUAAAUAGUACAAUGUAUUUUUAUAUACAAUAAUUACACUUAAGAUAUCACUGUGAUCCGUAAUGUUAGAACCACUGUAUCGAUGUCAAAUAAAGUUACGCAAUAUUGUCA